AUGUUAGGGCCGGACUUACUGGAGGGCAAGGUUGGGCUGGUCACGGGUGCAGGAACACCGUAUGGAAUCGGCCGGGAAUGUGUCAAAAAAUUUGCAGCGGCCGGGGCCAAGGCCAUUUACGCCUGUGAUCUGAAUACAAGCAGUAUCUCGUCACUCCAGGAAGAGUGCAAGAGAGCUGGAUAUGCGACCAUAAUCGAAGGACGUCUUCUCGAUGUAUCCAACGAGGAGCAGACGGUCGCAAUCGUUAGGGAGAUUACAAAGAUUCAUGGUCGAUUCGACUUCUGCAUUGCGAAUGCUGGUUUCGCCAACUACAGAAAUCUCAACGAUACUGAGAUGGUCCAUUACGAUCGACAGGUCAAUGUCAUGACGCGCGGAGUAUUCCUAGCCAUCAAAUAUGGAAGCCAGGCCAUGAUGGUCACGUCCGACCUGAAGCCUCAGCCUGGUGGCACCUUCGUGGUCACUGGGUCGUGCGCAGGCUUCUCUGGGGCCUAUUCAGACCUUCCGUACGCGGUGGCAAAGACCGCCUUGCAUGGCAUGGUUUCCAGCGGUUCUGCCCACCUUUCGUCCAGCAACAUCCGGGUAAAUGGGGUUGCGCCUGGCUUCACAAAGAGUAGCAUCUUGACCGUCUCAAAGGAUGCCGAAAAUGGCGAAUACAAGAACGACCUGGACGAAGAUCAAUUGAAGGAGAAUCACAUGUGGUUCUUCGAACGCGCCGGAUUGCUCAAGUCGCCGGAGUACUUUUACAACCGCCUGCAGGAUCCGUCGGAAAUUGCAAGCGUCCAGUUGUUUUUGGCUUCUGAUUUAUCUUCGUGUAUCAAUGGCCAGAUGAUUUUGGCCGACAGCGGCAAGACUGCAGCAGCUACCGGAGACGCUUGCACGGGGCCCAUUCCUCCAAUUAAGCCGCUUGAUCUCUCGUGA